UGUUGCUCACAAGACGCAGAUGCUCACACAAGACGCUGAUUUGGAAAGUUAUUGCAUGUAUUGCUCUCUAGAGGUUGGAAUUAAUUUUUUAAUCAUUUGGCAAUACUAAAUGUGCAAAAACUGAGCAGGAUUACAGAACGUGCAACAUUUUACAAACGGCGCCCCAUAUUUAAGAAAAUCCCUGGUUUUAAUGAUGCACACUCGCCGCAAGCUGUCUAGCAGUCAUGGCGGAAUCUAAAAGGUCCAAACCUACCUCGGGUCCCUUUCCAGUUUCAGAAAUGACCUCUCUCGCUAGAGCUUUGUCCCAUUCAAAGUUAAGCCAACUUGAUCAGCCUGAUGUGUUCCAAUCGCAGACCUCUGUUCAUCGGAGCAAUAUGGCCCAGCCGGGCGGACGAAGGAGGUUGUCGAGCAACAGUGUUGAGGCUCUAGAAGCGCGGGUCUUGGUAAUUAACACCGGAGGAACUAUUGGGAUGAUGUACCAUAAUAACGAUAUGACCUCCCUCGCUAGAGCUUUGUCCCAUUCAAAGUUAAGCCAACCUGAUCUGCCCGAGACUUCUUUUCAUCGGAUCAGUGUGGGCCAGCCGGGCCGCCGAAGGAGGUUGUUGAGCAGCAAGAAUGUUGAGAUUCAAGAAGUGCGGGUCUUUGUAAUUAACACCGGCGGAACUAUCGGGAUGACGUACCAUGAUAACGUGCUGUCUCCAGAGGCCAAUGCGUUUGUGAAGACCCUGCGAAAGCUCCCCACCCUCCAUGAUGAGCAGUAUGCUCAGCAGACCUGUAUGUACGACUACUACAGCGAGAGCGGUCCGCCGGAGAACACCUUGGUCCUGCCGCUGUCUAAGCAGAAUAAGAGGAUUGUGUACACCAUUUUAGAAUAUUCCCCGUUGCUGGACUCCAGCAAUAUGACCACAGAUGACUGGGCUUCAAUUGGCAAAGAUAUUGAGAAAUAUUACGAGAAGUAUGAUGGUUUUGUCAUCCUCCACGGCACAGACACCAUGGCCUACACAGCGUCUGCUCUGUCCUUCAUGUGUGAGCACCUGGGCAAGCCAAUCAUACUCACCGGCUCUCAGGUGCCGAUCUAUGAGAUGAGGAACGAUGGGAGAGACAACCUGUUGGGGGCGCUGCUGAUCGCAGGCCAGUUUGUUAUUCCUGAGGUGUGUCUGUAUUUCCAUCACAAGCUGUACCGGGGAAAUCGUGUGACCAAGGUGGAUGCUGAUAGUUUCAACGCCUUCGACUCUCCUAACCUGGCUCCUCUUGCUAAUGCUGAAGUGGAUAUUAAAAUUAACUGGGACAUGGUGUGGAGAGCAAACACAACCGCGCGGUUCAGAGUGAGCACUCAGAUCAACCGUAACGUGGGUCUGCUGCGGCUCUUCCCAGGCAUAACUGUAGAGACGGUGAAGUCCUUUCUGCAGCCGCCCAUGGAAGGCAUCGUUCUGGAGACAUACGGUAGUGGUAAUGCACCUGACAACCGGACUGACCUGCUGAAUGAGUUGCGGAAGGCCACAGAAAGGGGGGUGAUCAUGGUCAACUGCACCCAGUGUCUCAGGGGCACUGUCACUAUGUUAUAUGCCACUGGAAAGGUCCUGAGCGAAGCAGGGCUGGUUGCAGGCUUUGACAUGACCCCUGAGGCUGCCCUGUGUAAGCUGUCCUAUGUGCUGGCCAUGAAGGAGCUCAGCGUAGAGGCCAAAAGGAAGAUGCUGAGUCAGAACCUGCGGGGGGAGAUGAUUGCUAACCUACAGGGGGCCAAGCACACUCUGAGCGACAGUCGAUUCAUCCAGGCCAUCGCCAAGUCCCUGAACAUCAGCGGCAAGGAGGAACUUAAAGCCAUCAGGGAUGCUCUGACCCCCACCUUAGCUUGUGCUGCUGCUAAGACUGGAGAUGUGGAGGCCUUGGAUGCCAUAAAGGAGAUGGGCAGUAACCUCAGCCUGGGGGACUAUGAUGGACGCACCCCUCUUCAUAUUGCCGCAUGUGAGGGCAACCUCAAAGUGGUCCAGUAUCUACUGGGACAGGGCGCAACCGUCUACGCCAAAGAUCGCUAUGGGAACACGCCCCUCUGCAACGCUGUGCAGUACAGACACAAGGAGGUGGUGAAGCUGCUGAGAAAGACUGGAGCCCAUUUCUCCAGAGAAGAGUUGGAAAAUGCGGGCUCAAAUUUGUGCAGCCUGGCUGCCAGCGCUGACAUUGAGGGCCUAGAAAUGUGGCACCUGGCUGGGGGAGACCUGCACAUGCCAGGCUAUGACGGGCAGAUGCCAGUGAAAGUGGCUGAGGCGGCGGGGAAUAAAAAUGUGAUGGAGUUCUUAGACAAGGUCAGCAAGAGCCGGACUCAGUCAGAUGAAAGUAAUGAGGAUUGAGAGUACGUCGACUUCACAGCUUGUCCAAAAGCAUCUGGAAGAUGAAGAUCCUUUAUCGAGUUUAGCCUUCUAUUUUUCCUCUGACUCUAUCCCGCUUUCCUUCCCUUCCCAGUUGAAGUCCUUACAAUGGACAUUUUUGCACAAGCUUACAGAUAAACAGAUUUUAUGUUAGAGAUCUGUCCGACCAUUACAACUUAUGUAUUUUUGUCCGUCCCAGGUUCAGUUGGAGAACCGUAGCUGUAAAUUCCAUUGUUGAGCAACAUUGACUGUGAAGUCAAAGUCCAAACACAGGGUCUUCCGCAGCUGGGGUUUUGCACUACCCAGGCUGAGAGUCUGCUGUCAUAUACAGUUGUGAUCAAACGUUUGCAUACCUUUGGAGACUUGGUUAUAUAUGUACCAUUAUUAAAGACACCGUGAUUGAGCAGGCAAUUUGACUGGCAUUUAUAAGGCUUUGGAUAUAUUUUUCCAUCUUUAUAAAGUUCCAUUACCUUGUUAAGGUCUUUUGACAGUUCUUUUCUGGUCACCAUGGCUCAGUAUCUAGCCUGAUCAGUGUGUCCACGUGAGAGCUAACAAACUCAUUGACUUUCUACACAAAGAGUAAUUGUAAUUUAAAAAGCCGCAGGUGUUUGAAGUUAACUUUUAAUCACCAUUUUGACCUGUGUGUGUUGCCCUUGUGUGUCUGUAUCAAAGCCAAACAUUCAAGUGUAUGUAAACUUUUGAUCAGGGCCAUUUGGGUGAUUUCUGUUAUCAUUAUGAUUUAAAA